GGUAAAGAGCUAGCCUACCUCCAUCUUUGUUUGGGUUGAUAAAAAUCGUACACAUUUUAGCAUUUUUGUAGAGUAUUUAAGAACUUAUACCAUGGCAGAAAAUCAGGAAGGUGGUACAGCACAAGAAAGUGGAGGAUAUGAUUAUAAACGGCUGCAUAGUUACCCUUUGAUUCGGUAUUCGGAUAUGAAUGAUGAAAUGCGGACUGAAGCGAUGGAGCUCUGUGUAACAGCUUGUGAAAAGUUUUCAACGAAUAACGAGGCUGCAGCAAAAAUGAUCAAAGAAAGUUUAGACAAGAAGUUUGGUUCUUCCUGGCAUGCUGUAGUGGGUGAAGGUUAUGGUUUUGAGCUCACACAUGAAGUCAAAAAUCUUCUCUACAUGUAUUUUGGAGGAACUGUGGCAGUUUGUGUUUGGAAAUGCUCCUGAAGAGACAGCAAGAACAAUUGCAUCUACUGUAGACAGACUGAAUUUAGUUGAUGCAAAGUGUAGCAUCUGGCAUUUUGUUAAAAAAAGAUGCUCUACCUGAGAGGAGUUGUGGUCAUACCAUAUUCUUUUAAUGAUAUUGUUGUCCAAUUUGUACAUAUGCAUUAAAAUGUCAUUAUUCUGAAACCAAUAAUCAUCAUUUUAACUGACUUCCAAAAUAAUAAAUGGUUGGCCUCUACGUUAAUUUUCCUGUAUGGUAGAGUGCAUUUCAAUAUAAAUUGAAUGCAAAUGAAAAUCAGCAUACACCAUAAUAUUUCUCUAUAUUCUGAUUGGUAGUUGAGAAUACUUUUGUUUUGAUUUUUCAACACUCAAUUGGAAAAAAAAUUCCCUGUCCUUUCAUCUUUAGUCUCACAACUUAGACGACACCUGAAGAAGAUAUGAAAAGUGUUAUUGAAUUUAAAAGUGACUGUGGAGGGGGAGUACAUGUGUAGUGUUGCAUAUUUUGUCCCAUUAGGGUUCAAACUGGCAUUAACUUUGAAGAAAACUACCUUAAGUGAUAACUAAAAAUAAAUGCCAGAUUAGAAAAGCAAUACAUUUACUGGUAUGGGACACUGUGGCUUCAGUCAAUUAGAUGCAAUGAUGAAAAAAGGAAAGUUGAUAACCAGAAUUCAGAAUUAGACAUCUGAUGAUGAUUACAUUUAUGAUAAGGACCACAGCACAAGUAAAUUAACAAAAGAUCCAGCUUUUUUAUUUGUUCUUCCUCUACACUAUAAAAUGUGAUUUGCAAUGUUUUAAUAGCACUCUAAACUUUGUUGUUACAUCAAAUUCAAGAUUUUAUAACAUUACAUUACAUAAUUUUUGUGUAUAAUGAUCUCUUUUCUUUAAAAGUUUUCGCUCUACUCAGACUACCUUGCUCUGGCUUUAGUCAAAAUAGAAUAUUAAAUAUUAUUAUUUUCAUUCAACUCACUAUCUCUUUUCUGAUUGGCUGAAGUGUACAGUGAAUUUUAAAAUCAGCAACUGGGAUGUCAUCUAGCUGCAGAUUAUCCAAUACAAAGGUCAUGGGUAAUCAUGUCAUGUAUGGCUGCAGUGCAUGAUUUCUAAGGCUAAUCAUGUCAAGUUUACACGCUUUGUGUUGCGUGCUGAUUUGUAAAUUUUUACAUGUGAAGAAAUAAAUUAUCAGUUCCA